AUGUCUGCAACCAGUGUACCCGACAAGACAAAACGGAUAGGACGGUGGUACUUUGGUGGAAUAGCUAGUGCCAUGGCCGCGUGUUGCACACAUCCAGCAGAUUUAAUCAAGGUUCACCUACAGACCCAACAGUUGGAGAAGGUCAAGGUCACGUCGUUAAUUGGUCGUAUUAUUAGAAAUGAUGGAAUCCUAGGAAUAUAUAAUGGUUUGUCGGCCUCUAUCUGUAGACAGUUAUCGUAUUCCACCACACGGUUUGCCAUAUACGAGACGAUAAAGAAACAGUUGACUAAGGAUGGAAGCGUGAUGCCGUUCUAUCAAAAGGUGGGCACGGCCGUGAUGUCUGGGGCCAUGGGAGGUUUCGUGGGCACCCCUGCUGACCUGAUCAACGUAAGGAUGCAAAACGAUGUAAAACUACCAAAAGAACAAAGAAGAAACUACAGGAAUGCCUUCCAUGGUUUCUACCGCGUAUUGCGGGAGGAAGGAAUCGUGAGGAUGUUUUCCGGUGCCAGCAUGGCUAGUUCUAGAGCGAUCCUAGUUACUGUCGGACAGUUGGCGUGCUAUGAUCAGAUCAAACAAACUCUUAUGAACACCGGGUACUUCUCAGACAAUGUGUUUACACACGUGACCUGCAGUGCAGUAGCGGGUACUAUAGCUACGGUAAUUUGUCACCCCGUGGAUGUGAUGAAGACCCGGAUGAUGAACGCUCCAGAAGGAAAGUACAGUGGUUUACUUGCAUGUGCAACAGACAUUGCCAAAAAUGGACCGUUAGGAUUUUUCAAGGGAUUCAUUCCAGCAUUCGUGCGUUAUGGACCCCAUACAGUCUUCAUAUUUAUAUUCCUGGAGCAGAUACGACAAAACUUCGGGGACGACCCGGAAUAA